CGUACGCACGCGCGCUGAGUGUAACAUUGAUACACCUUGAUACCUAGUCUGCUGGACAUUCGAUCCAUUCCAUCAUUGAAUGAACGUGAGAAGAGUUUUGUGUGUUAGCCGUGCAUGGACAAGAAAAAAGUAAACGUACGAGUAAACGUGCACUCGCUAAUCGUCUUCGCUAGAAAUGGAAUCAUCGACAGAGAGGACUGAACGACAAAGAACCGAUGUUGACCGUGGCUGGGCCUGGGUCGUGCUGGCCGGAUCCUUCCUGAUUAAGGUUAUAAUCAUGUACAAUGUAUCAUCGUUCUCCGUGUUUUACGCGUACAUUGCAAGUGAAUUUGGAUCAAGCAAUAGCAUCACGGCCGGCGUAGGAGCUGUUCUAUCUGGCCUGGGACUUGUGCUUGGUCCGUUUAGCGCGUGCCUUGCCGCGGUAUACGGCAUCAGGAAUAUUGUCAUCGUCGGAGGUUGUCUGACUACAUUAGGCCUGGGUCUCAGCUAUCGUAGCCCCACUUUACUCGUGUUCUUCCCUAGCUAUUCUCUGCUUGCAGGAAUGGGAAUGGGAUUGGCCUUCACACCGUCAGUGGCUAUAGCCGGCUAUUAUUUCGACAAACAGCGACCGUUAGCAACAGUUAUAGCAUCGUUCGGUGUACCUAUAGGCGGAAUUUUAGGUCCGAUCGUAACGCUUAAAUUAAUCGAGAUGUACACCUGGCAGGGUGCGUUGCUAGUCAUGGGUGGGCUGAAUCUGCAUAUUGUCUUUGCUGGCGCGCUGUUUCGGCCUCUUCCUGCAGUCAAACCGAAGUACGGAAUUCAGAAUAAGAAGGCAGCUAAUCUAACCCGGGAUCAAAUAAUGAAACUUGUGCCACACGGCGCAGGAAUUUUCUGCAAAUUCGCCGUGCAGAACAUAGUUGCCGCGUUCGUUGUGGAAUACGGAGUAGAGCUAGGCAUAGAGAUCUCGAUGGUUACGAAGUUAGUAGCUAUUAAAGAGGCCAGUAGUACAUUUAUGAGAAUUUCGUUAAUCAUACUCUCUCAAAUGCGCUGGUUUAAUAUUUUAAUUGCGUACAACGUCGGCCUCAUUAUAUUGGCAAUCAGUUGCUUGAGCCUUUUUCUUCUGGAUGCGCCAAUGUUUUUCCUGGUAUCGCUCGGCCUGUAUGGGUUUGGUCGCGGACUCACUUCUGCACUCUUAUCCGCUGUGAACGCAGAACUGUACGGCGUGGAAAACCUCCUGAUAGUUGAAGGAAUAAGCGCCUGCUGUGGCGGUUGUGCAAACCUUAUUGGACUCACAGCGAGUGGCGCCUUGGCAGAUCAUUUUGGGAGCACAAGACCAGCGUUCCUAUUUUCUGCGUUCCUGGGUUUGACAGGAGCUCUGCUUUUCGCUGGCGUUUUCGUGAUUCACCGCCGCAGCCGAAAGGACGGUGCGCGAAAUGGUUUGAGGGAAUACCAGUCUGCACCGUAGCAGACGACGACGACGAUGACGAUGGCAGGAGGUUAUUAGCUCUAUAGGAAAAUUGAAUUGCAGUGCGCACCAAUAUUACUCGCUAUUUUUAGCUGCGUGUAAUGAAGAACUAAAUGUUUGCAAGGAAAGGUAACAGAUUUUACAGAAAUCAAUAAAGAGUGACAAAACACAUACUAUACUAGUCUAAUCUACGAUAGAAUACAUAUUGCUGGUAAUUGGUUAUUGUUUCGCGUAAUUAAAUUCCUUCUUUUCGGAAUUACGCAUGAAAAUGACCCAAACAUUUCCAUUAUUAAAACUAUACCGAUUUUUAUCGAACACGCCCUAUCGAAUUAGUCUAAAGAGAAAAUUGCCAUCCUAUAUUGGACAAACUAUAUUGUAACUAAUUACCAUUUACCAACGUCGUAAGAAUAAAGUAAAGUAGAAUAUAAUUGUUAAUCAUGUUAUUAUACAUAAUUCUUGCAUAUUACAACGGAGUUUUCGUUGAUGUUUUGUAUUCUAUUAUGAUUCCUCGCCGUUUCUAAUUCUAAUUAGUGUAUUACACUGUACCAUCGUUAGCUGAAAACGUAAAAUUCGUAGAAAAUCGAGAUUUUUCCCUUCCUUCUGAUGAUAUUUUACAU